AGGGACAUAAGUUAGACCUCAUCAAAACUAGAAAUAAACUUCAAUUCCAAAACUUGGCAUUUUCAACCACCAGUUGCACCCAAAACAUAUGAAGCAAUAAUCUCGUUUUCUAACACAUGAAACGGACAUGUCACCUGACACGAGCUACACUAGCCUAAAGAUUCUCCCAAAGAUCGGCAUGUUUUGAGGCCUCUUGCGCCAAAUUAAGGUCCUAACUCAUGGACAACUCACUAAGACAUGCAAAACCCAUGGACGCGUUUCACACCGUUACACCCUAGAGAUGGGCGAGCGCCACAGUUUUUGGGGGCAGAACAGAUUAGUGUUGCCAAGGGCCACAGCAACAAGGUUAAUUCGAGGUUAUCUACGUUCCCGUGGUUGGAAACCGGUGGUUUCCGAUCGUGGCUGGUGACUUAUGAGGCUGAUUCGGUGUCUCGAGAUGCUGGGAAGGUCAAUGCUCAUGGCGGAGGCUGGCUGGAUGGACCUUUUGUCUCAGACGGCGGUGGGUUGAGGGCUGGAUCGGGUUUUGCCUUUGCGGGUGGUGAUUUGAAUGGCGCUGACCUCUCUUGGCUGUUGUUUUCUGGUUCGAGGGUGGCUAAAGCGUCCCCCGAUCUUGAAAUGUGGUUGAGUCUCAGUCUGGCCUUAUUAGAAGCGGUGUUGCACAAGGCCGAUGUUCUUCCCCUAAUGGGGACUCAAGUGCUAUGGUCCCCGACUCUGGAUGGUGUUGGCAGGAACGCUGGUAGCAGUAUGUGUGGCGGUAGAAGUGGCAAGCACGGCGUCGAUAGCUUUUGCGGCAGUGCUGAUCCUAUAUGCGACGACUCAUAUUCUAGGGUGUCAAGGCUGAGUGUUUGGGCCCCAAACAACAAGUUGGGCCUGAUGUGGGCUCAUUUGGGUCCUGGGUUUUUUUCUUCAUCUUUUUCUUUUAGAACUGGGCUUCCUCAUACAAAUUUUGUAUGAGGAGGCUUUAC